UCAGCCACAAAUUAAACUUAACAACCACACAAAAUUUAAGGGGCCGUUUCAAAAUAAUUUUCAGGUUUUUCUGAAUUUACUAUUUAUUGGUAUGUGUUUAGGUCAAAUGAACAUUUUUGUUUUGUGUGAACUACUAACAACAUUUCUCCCAAAUUUCAAAUAAAAGUAUUGCUUCUUGCACUUAUUUGCAAAAACUGGAGAAACAGGUCAAAAUAACAAAACAUAUGCUUUUUAAUACUGCAAAGAAAACAAGUUUAUAUUUACUUUUAAGCAAUACAGCAGUAAUAUCCCUACAUGUAUUUAGGAAAAGUAAAAAAAAUAUGUGAUAGCCUUGAUUUUUCACAUUGCACAUUUCUGUCACUCAGAGGUUUGGUCUUGUUGAAAUUCAACAGACACUGGACUGGAAUGAGCACAAUGCAUCUAGAAAUGCUGAUUAUAUGAAAAUUUGGCAUGGUAUAUCAAGUGUUAUGAAUAUGUGGACUGUCAAGCUCUCUCCACUUUCCUGACGAUGAGAGGAUGGAAGGAUUUCUUCCUGAAGUCCAUGGUUAGUUCCUUUUGAUAAGGUCAUUCUCCUCUUUGCAAGAAUAUCAGCUCCCCAAACACGUCUCCACCCUUGAUGAUGCCGUGUCAUCUGCAUACUUAAUGAUGACAGUAUUGUCAUGGAUGGAGAGAGUGAAGGGAGUGCCUGAACAUGUGACUUUUCCAAUAUAAAAGACGUCCCUUUGUGUAGUAUCCUGAAGCGAGGAUCCAACUUCGCAAAAGGUAAAGUUCCUAAUGUUUUUUUAUUCCUUUUGUGUAAACUUUAUAUAAAUCUCUGUUUAGGGUUCAUAUUAACUAAACUUUGAAUAUGUCUCUUAACUUUUUUUGUGGAACAAACAUUUGAUUUCUUCUAUGGAGGUGACAUCUCAACCUAAAGCAUAUAAGCCUAAAGACUUUCAGACCGGAUUAUUCGGCUGUUGUGAUGAUGUAAGCAUCUGUUGUUGUGGCACAUUCUGCCUCCCUUGUUUGGGCUGUACUAUUGCUAGUGACAUGAACGAAUGUUGGGUGUGCGGUUUGGGGAUGCCAAUCCGAAGUGUUUACAGAACAAGAUACAACAUCCCGGGAUCCAUGUGUGAAAACUUUCUUGUAAACUAUUUCUGCCUGUCUUGUGCAGCCUGUCAGCUGAAGAGAGAUAUUGACAUAAGGAAGCGUAACGGAGAAUUCUGAAGAAAUCUUACAGGGUGACCCACCACAACAUCCUGUUUAAACAAGAAAUCGUGCUCAUCGAGCCCUUUUGUAAUGUCUUUAAUUACUGUACUCGGUCUGUAGGCAUCAUAAAACUUUUUUUAUCACAUCACAUGUUCAUUUCUAUAAAGUUGGCUGUGUAGCCAGCGAGAACAGAUAUUACGAGUGCCAGAGAUGUGAAAUCUUAAAGGGACAGAUCACCCAAAAAUGAAAAUUCUGUCAUCAUUUUCUUCCCCUCAGGUCAUUUCAAACUUGAAUGACUUUCUUUCUUCUGCAGAACACAAGAGAAGAUAUUUCGAAGAACGCUGGUAACCAAACAACAUUGAACCCCAUUGACUUCCACUGUUUGGAUACAAAUCCUCCUUUGUGUUCCACAGGGAAGUCAUAUAGAGGUUUUGAAAGACAUGAAGGUGAAUAAAUGAAGUUUAUAUAAAUUAAAGUAUCCCUUUAACA